AUAAAAAAAAAGUUCAUGAGCGAACGGACGUCGUUUCGACUUUUGUAUUCCGUCAUGCAAUAAUUUUUCAUACAUGAUUUCGUUGUUAAAAAGUGGUGUAGAUGGUGUAGUUGUUAAAAUAAAGAAUUAGAUACUCAGUAGACUAAAAUGAUAUACUAGCAUUCUAAUUUGCGUAUUUAUAACAUAGUUAUCGAUAGGACUGUGACAAGUACGGUAAUGGUGGCCAUGUCAUGAAAAUCCCUACAGCCAUGGAUGAUAGCUCCGUAUCUCAUCACAACGGAGGGCAAGUAGGAUCUCAGAUAGGAGUUAGUGUAAAUAAUAAACAAAAUGAAGAAUCUAGUCAAAGUGUCCAGUACUCAAUCCCGGGCAUUUUGCAUUUUAUUCAACACGAAUGGGCGAGAUUCGAACUUGAAAGAUCACAAUGGGAGGUGGACAGAGCGGAAUACGAGGCAAGGAUCGCUUUUCUCCAAGGCGAAAGGAAGGGUCAAGAGAACCUGAAGAAUGAUCUUGUCAGGCGGAUAAAGAUGCUGGAGUACGCUUUGAAGCAGGAGAGAGCAAAGUUUCAUAAGCUCAAAUAUGGUGUUGACUUGCAACAAGGCGAUGUGCGUUUGCCAUCAGAGGAGCCAGCACAAGAGCCGGAGCCCGCUGAAAGGGCCCAAUGGAAGCAGGGCCGUCAACUCAUCAAACAAUAUCUACAGGAAAUAGGUUACGCAGACACUAUUCUUGAUGUGCGCUCUAAUCGAGUGAGAACCUUACUGGGAUUGAACAAUGACGAGCAAGCAGUUGAGACCAGUUAUGGAAACUGUGAUAAACACCAACACUACCAGAUGAACCGCAAGAUGUAUGAUUAUGGUAACAAGGAGCAGCGCAAAGGCGGCAUGUCGACUGGCAGCGGCUACAACGAAGAGGGUCUCUCCGUGCAGGAGACUGCAGCCGUGUUCGCCAACUUCGAAUUCCUCGCCAACCAGGAAAUGGACAUGGACGAGAUUGAUGAUCUUGACGCCAAACAAAUGCAUCACACUGCUGGUAAACAAGGUGAGGAGGUGGAUCACGAGGCGGAGGAGGUGCUGAACGAGCUGAACCUGCUGACGGAGAGCGAGGCCGACGCCGGCGGACAGGGGGAGGACUACCCGGGUGUGAAAUUUCCGAGCGGAAAUGCGAGCAUCGCCGGGGAGUCUGACGAGAAGCCGCUGGCGCUGGGCGAGCUGGCCCAGCUGACCGUCAGCAACGAGCCCGAGGCGUACGACGUCGGCAACGCCAACAAGGAGUCCUUCAGGAAGACCUGGAAUGCCAAAUAUACUCUGCGCUCGCAUUUUGAUGGUGUGAGAGCGCUCGCGUUCCACCCGACCGAGCCGGCGCUGGUGACCGCGUCUGAGGACCACACGCUGAAGCUAUGGAACCUGCAGCGUACGGUCCAGGCCAAGAAGUCAGCAGGCCUGGACGUGGAGCCCCUCUACACGUUCCGAGCUCACACCGCUCCAGUACUCUGCCUGGCUAUGGGCGCCCCGCGAUCUGAAGAGUGCUUCUCCGGAGGGUUGGAUGGCACCAUCCGAGUGUGGAACCUGCCGCCGCCCCAGGUCGACCCCUACGAUCCGUACGACCCGGCCGUACAGGGGCCGGUACUUCGCGAGCACACGGACGCGGUGUGGUCGCUGGCGAGCGCGGGCGGGCGGCUACUGUCCUCGUCCGCGGACGGCACCGCGCGGCUGUGGUCGCCGCGAGCGCCGCGCCCGCUGCUGCUGACGCUACGCGACGACCCCCCCGCGCCCGCCGUCCCCGCCGCCCCCGCUGCGGCAGACUUCGCCGACGCCGCCGCGCGCGCCGCUGUCGUAUACCGCGACGGCAAGCUGCUAUUAUACGACCUUGAGACCGGACAGGUGGUGCUACGCGUGUCGUGCGAGAGCCCGGCGAGCCGCGUGCGCGCGCACCCGACGCUGCCGCUGCUGGUGACGGCGCACGACGACCGCCACAUCCGGUUCUGGGACGCGGUGUCGGGCGCGUGCUCGCACGCUAUGGUGGCGCACCUGGACGCCGUCACCGGCCUGGCGCUCGACCCCAACGGCCUGUUCCUGCUGUCCGGCUCGCACGACUGCUCCGUGCGCCUGUGGAACCUCGACUCGCGCACCUGCGUCCAGGAGAUCACCGCGCACCGCCGCAAGUUCGACGAGAGCAUCCUUGACGUGGCCUUCCACCCGCUGCGCCCCUACAUCGCCAGCGCCGGCGCCGACGGCCUCGCCAAGGUGUUCGUCUGAGCGCACGCGCGCGCCCCCCCUUCGACGUCCGACGUCUACGAUUUUUAAUAUUCCUUUUACUCCCCCGGCAAGUAUAUCGUUUCGAUUCUCGCGGCCCGACCCCGGCGCGGAACGAUCGGCCGCAAGGUCGGAGCGCACGGCCGUCUGCGUCGCCCCGCGGCGUGUAGACGUGACGCGCGGCGAGCCGAGUCCGCGGCGACGGGCGGCGGCGGGCGGCGGCCGCGCUCGACGCCGGCUUUAAGCGCGUAGUGAAAACUCAUCUAUGUAUAGACAUGUGAAAUCUAUUAUAAUAUAUUUUUAGACUUUCAGUAUGUGAAUUUUAGGUUUUAUUGCAACUUUUUCACCGAUUUUACGAUACGCAGUGAAUAUGUAUGUUUCUAUGCAGCGAGAGAUGUUUGUAAUAAAUAAUAUCAUGAGGAUAUCUACGACGUUUACUUGACGAGUUUUGUUACGUGUCUGUACAGUUAGAUUUAUGCAGUACAUAUUAUAUUAUGAUAAUCAUCUGCAAAAAGCAUUGAAAUAUUUAGUUUAGUCUUUAUAUUUUAUUUAAAUCUAUUUGACCUAUAUAUAGUAUUUUAUUUGUGUCACGUACUGAAAUACCGCUCUCACGUUACUUAUGAGAUUGAUAAGCAAUCGAGAAUAUGAAUGAGUAGACAUACUAUAUCGGAAGUAAAAUAAGAAAUGUUUGUUCAUAAAAUACUGCGAUGUAGAAUAUAUAAAAUAAUUAAAAACAUUACAUAUUCCUUUAUUUUCCUCGAAUUCAUACUUGUACACAUACAUCCAAAAUUGAUAGUAAAACAACAUAACCGAA